UUCGCAGCGACGCGGCUCUUUGCGCGCGCCCCCUCCCCCGACCCGACGCGACUGGUGCGCGGGUUCGGCGCCAGCCCCGGCUUCAACCGAGGCCCGACGCGGCCAUGGCCAAGGUGUCGGUGCUGAACGUGGCUGUGCUGGAGAACCCGACCCCUUUCCACAGCCCCUUCCGGUUCGAGAUCAGCUUCGAGUGCAACGAGGCCCUGGCGGACGACCUGGAGUGGAGAGUCACCUAUGUGGGCUCGGCCGAGAGUGAGGAGUUCGAUCAGGUCCUCGACUCUGUGUUGGUUGGGCCUGUGCCUGCUGGGAGACACACGUUCCUCUUCCAGGCCGACGCGCCCAACCCAUCCCUCAUCCCUGAGCUGGAUGCCGUGGGCGUCACUGUGGUCCUCAUCACCUGCAUCUACCACGAACAGGAGUUUAUCCGCGUGGGUUAUUACGUCAACAAUGAGUACCCCAGCCCCGAGCUGCAGGAGAACCCUCCCCACAAGCCCGACUUUUCCCAGCUCCAGCGGAACAUCUUGACCUCGAACCCCCGGGUGACCCGCUUCCAUAUCAACUGGGACAGCCCCGAGGACCAGUUGGACAGUGCUGAGAACCGGGAUCUGACCCUGGACUGUACCCCUAUCAAGGGCCCAGGACUCCCCAGCUGUAUCCACAGCCUCCUUCCAGAAAACUCCAUGGACUGCAUCUAGCUGUUGGGACCCCGACACUAGCUGGGCGCACCCAGGACAUCUGGGAGCAUGGCCAAGGAAGAACUCAGCAGCCAGCCAGGGCCGAGUGACCAGCUCACCCCAGCAGGACUGGGAAAAGCAGGUGCUGCUUCUGCACUCUCCAGAUGACCCCCAGGGACCACUGUGCCACCGGCCUCUCCGCCUGCUCAGCACCUGAGCCAGGCCACAGGCAAAAAACCUGAGUGUGCAGGCCCAGAGGGACUGGCUUCCUGCCCAACGCCCCUGGGCUGAGGACUGGACAAGCCCCUUCCUGUGGGCUCCUGAAGGAUCCACUUUCUUUUCUUUUUGUUUUCAUUUUGGGUCAUACCUGGUGAUGCCCAGGGGUUAGUCCUGGCUCUGCACUCGUGGCGGUGCUUGGGAACCAUAUGGGAUGCUGGGAAUCAAACCCAGGUCAGCUGUGUGCAAGGCAAACGCCCUACCCGCUGUCCUAUCGCUCCAACCCCAGAUCCGCUUUCUUGAGGGGCCCUGCAAUGUUUGGUCCAGGUGUGGGCAGCCAGACCCCUCUCCUUGGUCGCCCUGACCUGUCGGCACCCCAUGGGACAGCAGAAACCCCCCAGCCUCUGCGCCCCGCCUCCAGUGUCCUUGAUGCUACUCGAGUCUGUGGUGAUUGCCGUUUUACACGGGUUUUCUAU